AUGGCGGGAUUUUUCCGACGGCGGCAGCGUAGCUGCCUGUCUGGCAUCAUCGCAUUGAGCGCUCUCGUGGUACUCUACAAUGCCUUUGGGUCGGCCUUCGUCGGCCUUCCAUGGCCGCAGCCGCAAUCUGCCACCAAGCAAACGACGAGGUAUGAGUCUUCCAAGCCGUGGGAGGCCAGAGACACAACAACGUCGAAUGUGGAAGCCAAACUUGAGGAGCACAUGAGCAUCCCAGAGAUCUUGAAUCGCUACGGCUUGCCAGCGCUUGUCUUCCACUUCGUGGUUUGGGUGUCAACCCUGGGUUCGCUGUAUUUUCUCUUCUACUUCAACACCAGCCUUCUCCAGAUGCUUCCAGAGGAGAUCCAGCAGAGAGUUGGCGCUGGAAGUCAGCUGGGCUAUGCUGCUGCAGCAUUGGGAGCGGCUGAAGUCUUAGGCCCAGUGCGGUUGGCUCUCACAGUCACUGCCGCCCCCACAGCAUCCAGGCUGGCGCGGCAGUAUGAGUGGUUCUGCAAGGCAGAGGAGAUGAUUGUGGGCAACAUCCGAGAGUUUGCAACGAAGGUGUCACAAAUUUUGAUCAAAGCAUGA